AUGGUCGAAGGAGAAGACAAGGGAAAAGCGACGAACGGAGUGAACGAUUCACCCGCAGUGACGCUAGUUGCGACUCUUCGGCCACGCCUACGCGGUCACUAUUAUCAAAGAGUAUCCAUUCGUGAGACACUGGUUCGGACGGAAUGGGAAAAAGAGUGUUUUUACCGGUCAUGGGAACUGGCUUGGCAGGAAGUACCCGUGCGGCGUGCAAGCUUAUGUCCGGCAAUGUGGGUUGGAGAGUAUUGCCAGCACUUGAAUCCGUGCUACCUGGGGCCCGGGUUGCGGUGCCAGAACGGAGGAACGUGCCACGUGGUGUGGAACAACAAAUCAGGGCCCGGGUUCAAGUGCACGUGCCCAGUGGGCUACUCGGCGUCCUUGUGCGAGGUGCCAUUGUCGAACGCGUGCGACUCGAACCCGUGUCAGCACGGCGGCACUUGCAGUCUCAUCACGCUCAACGACUACAGCUGCGUUUGUCCCGCCGGAUACAGAGGUGACCACUGCGACAGAGUUGAUCAUUGCGCCUCGCAACCGUGUCGGAAUGGCGCCACGUGCAUUUCUGAGCGGUCUGGCUACAAAUGCGAGUGUCCACCGGGAUUCGCUGGUGUCAACUGCACCACUGACGUCGACGAAUGCCGACGUGAUGCCCCGUGCAUCCACGGCAGCUGUGUCAACAGUUUCGGCUCUUACAAAUGCGUUUGCAACCACGGCUACACCGGACAGAACUGUGAAUCCAAGUAUGUUCCCUGCGACCCGUCGCCGUGUCAGAACCGCGGCAGAUGCGUCGUGUUGGAUGAUUUCAACUUCAAGUGCGAAUGUCCCGAAGGAUUCACCGGAAACUAUUGCCAGCAGAACAUCGACGACUGCGAGGGAAAUUUGUGUCAAAACGGCGCAACGUGCAUCGACGGGGUCAAUCUGUACACGUGUCAGUGUCCGCCGACGUGGACUGGAGAUUACUGUACUGAGGACGUGGACGAGUGUGUGAUGAGGCCGCAGGUUUGCCAAAACGGGGCCACUUGCAGGAACACGAGAGGCAACUACACGUGCAUUUGCGUCAACGGCUGGGCCGGCAAAGACUGUGCCGUGAACGUCGACGAUUGCGCCACGAAUCGGUGCAUGUCCGGGGCGACCUGCAUCGACAGGGUCGGCUCCUUCCUGUGUCAUUGCCCGCCUGGGAAAACCGGAAUUUAUUGCCACCUCGACGACGCCUGCGCCUCGAAUCCGUGUCACGCCGACGCCAACUGCGACACGUCGCCUCUGACGGGCGCCUACGAGUGCUCUUGUCCGCAGGGAUUCAAAGGAAUUGAUUGUUCCGAAGACAUCAACGAGUGCGACGAAGGCUCGCCGUGCGAACACAACGGGAUCUGUGUCAACACGCCGGGAUCGUUCAUUUGCAACUGCACGGCGGGAUUCACGGGCCCGCGUUGCGAGAUCAACUUCAACGAGUGCGAGUCGAAUCCGUGUCAAAACGAGGGCACCUGCUUGGAUGACAUGGGCUCCUACAAAUGCGUCUGCAUGCCAGGUUACACGGGAGUCAAUUGCGAGGUUGAUAUCGAUGAAUGCGAGAGGAAGCCCUGCUACAAUGGCGGAACGUGCGAAAAUUUGCAGAACAAUUUCAAAUGCCAUUGCCCUCGAGGAUUCACGGGGAAAGGAUGCGAGGUGAAUGUAGACGACUGCAUUAGCAAUCCUUGCAUGAACCGGGGAACGUGUCAAGACGGAAUUGCGGGUUACACAUGCUCUUGUCCCGCUGGAUUCUCUGGUCACGAUUGCGAGGUGAACAUCGAUGAUUGUGCGAGGAACCCUUGCGUGAACGGGCGGUGCAUCGACGGGAUCGGAAGGUACUCGUGUCUGUGCAAACCCGGGUUCACGGGUCACCGAUGCCAGAGCGAGAUCGACGAGUGCGCUUCUCAUCCGUGUAUGUAUGGCGGCGUUUGCUUGGACCGGGUCGACGGGUACUUGUGUAGCUGUCCAAUCGGGACGACGGGAGUCAAUUGCGAGAUCAACACCAACGAGUGUCUGUCGAACCCGUGCCGCAACGGUGCGACUUGCGUGGACGGAAUCAACCAGUACCGGUGCUCGUGUCGUCCGGGAUUCUCUGGAAUUCAUUGCGAAAUCAACAACGACGAAUGCUUGUCGAACCCGUGCGCCAACGGCGGGAUUUGCAUCGACCAAGAGAACGGGUUCAAGUGCAAAUGCCCCAGGGGUUACUACGACGCGAGGUGCUUGUCGGACGUGAAUGAGUGUGCGUCGAACCCAUGUUUGAAUGGAGGCUCGUGCGAAGACGAAGUGAACGGUUAUACAUGCCACUGCAAACCGGGCUACACUGGGCAACGCUGCCACGAGCAGAUUGACGAAUGUCACUCGAAUCCGUGUCAGCACGGAGGCACAUGCAGAGAUGGAUUGAAUUCGUACUCUUGCGAAUGCAAAAAAGGUUAUGCUGGGCCGAAUUGCGAGAUCAACAUCGACGAGUGCAGGUCGAAUCCGUGCAGGAACGGCGGCACUUGCGUGGAUGCCGUCGACGGUUACAUGUGCGUUUGUCCGCCGCCCUUCACUGGCAAGCAGUGCCUCGAGGAAAUGGACCCAUGCUCGCCGAACCCCUGCAAGCCCGCUGCGACCUGUCGUCCUUCGCCCAAUUACCUCGACUUCAUUUGCCAAUGUCCAUGGGGCUAUGCUGGACGGCUAUGUGACGAGGACAUCGACGAGUGUGCAGUUUCGAAUCCCUGCCGCAACGGAGCGACGUGCAAAAACACGAACGGAUCGUACGAGUGCGUUUGCGCACACGGUUACGAGGGCAGGAACUGCUUGAUCAACACUGACGAUUGCGCUGUUCAUCCGUGUCAAAACGGCGGGACGUGUCAGGACUACGUGGGUCACUACGAGUGCCAAUGUAUGGUUGGCUUCGAAGGACGAGAUUGUGAAAUCGACAUCGACGAGUGCGCAUCAAGCCCUUGUCUGAACGGCGCGACGUGCACCAAUUACGUCAAUUCGUACACCUGCACGUGCCCACUCGGGUUCUCCGGGACAAACUGUCAGAUCAACGACGAAGAUUGCUCGGACACGACAUGCAUGAAUGGAGGCACUUGUCUGGACGGAGUCAACAAUUUCACGUGCACCUGCGCCCCGGGCUUCACGGGCUCCAACUGUCAGUUCCCCGUUAACGAGUGCGACUCGAACCCUUGUGCCAACGGCGGUACUUGCGUCGAUCGGAUUGGUUUCUACACGUGCAAUUGUCCGUACGGGUACACUGGCCGGCGGUGUGAAGAUCACAUUGAUUGGUGCUCGGGACUCAACGGGAACCCGUGCAGGAACGGGGCCACAUGCAAGCAGCAUAAGAACAUGUACAAGUGCGUGUGUCCUCCGGGCUGGACCGGCAUGUUGUGCGACGUCGAAAUGGUCUCGUGCAACGACGCAUCUUUGAGGAAGAACGUUUCGAGAGAAGCUCUUUGUCUACAUGGUGGUACUUGCCAAGACAUUGGAAACUCCCACUUGUGUCACUGCUCUUCCGGUUAUACGGGAUCCUAUUGUCAAACUGAAGUGGAUGAAUGUCAGUCGUCUCCAUGCAAAAAUGGAGGAUCGUGCCGAGACAGAAUUGGGCAUUACGUUUGUGAAUGUUCACGUGGAUUCCAGGGAGCGGAUUGUGAGUUCAACGUCAACGAUUGUGACCCGAAUCCGUGCCAAAAUGGUGGGCGGUGUCACGACCAGAUCAAUGGAUUCAAGUGCAUUUGUCCCCCUGGGACUCUGGGUCCGCAUUGCGAAGUGAAUGUUGACGACUGCACCACAGGAGCUUGUCAUCAUGGUGGCACGUGUGUGGACCGAGUUGGAGGUUACGAGUGCCGCUGCCCGCCGGGCUACGUUGGCCCGCGUUGUGAAGGCGAUGUGAACGAGUGCCUGAGCAACCCUUGUGCCACGGAAGGAACCCAAGACUGCGUGCAGUUGAUCAACAACUUUGAAUGCUCGUGCAAACCGGGAUACUACGGAAGGCGUUGCGAGCAUCGAGCAGACUUUUGUGCCAGCAACCCGUGCCGCAACGGCGGGGUCUGCUCUGCUUCCGCUGGGAAUCACACUUGCUUGUGUCCGUCUGGGUUCUCUGGAUCGCGUUGCGAGAAUGUAGGAUCCGUUUGCGAGGCGCAGCCGUGUGCCAAUGGUGGCACUUGCAGACCGUACAAGGAGGGUUUCAAGUGCGACUGCGUGUCUGGAACAUCGGGACUGGAUUGCACUUUGGAUACUUUCGAUGAUUGUGCAAGCAAUCCUUGUGAACAUGGCGGGAUCUGCUUCGACCACCCGGGAUAUUUCCUUUGUGAUUGCCCCGCGACCUGGAACGGAAUCAGCUGCAAUCAGUACGACCCCAACUUUUCUGGUGGCCUCGUGGAGCGGAAAAAGCAGAAGACGAAGCCGCACGACGACGCCAUUAACGACAUUAUCGAAGCUGGAUACUGUGUCGAGAAUGAUUGCAAAGCCAAGGCCGGUAACGGACAGUGCGAUCCCGAAUGCAACUACAAGGCCUGCGACUUUGACGGCAAAGACUGCUCUUUGGGUACAAAACCAUUUAAAGAUUGUUCUGCUGGCUCUCGCUGUUGGGAUUUGGCAUUCAAUGGCGAGUGCGACGUUGAAUGCUACACGCCAGAGUGUCACUUUGAUGGCUUCGACUGUUCCAUCCAAAUGGAGCCCAACGGGCAUUGUGACUUCGGGUGCAACAACCGGGAAUGUCGGUACGAUGGAGGCGACUGUGCGCCGACUUCGUCUCCGCCGAUUGCUCAAGGCAGACUCGGUGUUGUGCUGCUCAUGGAUAUUAUUUCGUUCCGCAACGCUUCAACCGCUUUCCUCUGGCAAAUGUCACGCGUUUUGCGGACAAUCGUCCGGUACAAGCAAGACCAAUUCGGCAACGACAUGAUCUUGCCGUGGAACAGGAAGGAUUCGUUCCGACUGCAGUCGGACAGCGGAAACAUGUACCGAGCGGAUGGGCCAGCUGCGGGGGUUGUGGCGUAUUUAGAAAUCGACAAUACUCUUUGCGAGCUGGAAGAUGCCAACAAGUGCUUCCAAACAGCUGACCAAGCUGCAGAUUUUCUCGGUGCUGCUGCUCGGAAUUCCCAACUUAAUCUCGGAUUCAGUGUUUACGAGGCGUUCAGCGACGCGUUCGAUGAUGGUGACGACCGGAUCUCCACUGGUGGAGGAAGCGAAGAUUCCACUGUGACAGUCAGCGCUGUUGCUGUCGGCGUCGUCAUUUGUAUCGCAUUGAUGCUGGGAAUUCUCUUCCGAUCGCAACGGAAACGGAUUCGCGGAGCAAUUACCUGGUUCCCAGAGGGUUUCUUCAAGGACAACAGUGCCCCAGGGGUCCAGGGACGCCGAAGACCGGAUGGCCAAGAAAUGAGAAGCAUGGGACUUGAGGGGUGUGACAGGCUUGGAGGAUUUGCCCCGAGUGAAUUUUCAAUUCCACCCGAAUUCGCUCAUUUGUCAGAAGAUGACAUUGAAUGCCCACCGACGAAGCGAAGAAAGUUCCAUGGAGAAUUUGAAGAUUUGAAAUGUCGUUCCAAUUUUGAUGAUAAUCUCAAAAAUUUCCAGGCCGAUCCCGGGAGCUAUUCCAGCGACAACACAUGCAUGACAUCAGACUACGCAGAGAGCAACGACCACAGAACGUGGACACAGCAACAUCUAGAGGCCGCUGACGUCCGACACCCUGACAUCCUCGCAUUCACUCCUCCGCAACGAAUGGAUAACGGCGCAGGAAUUCCCGACGUCGAUGCCAGAGGCCCGGCUGGACUCACACCGCUGAUGCUGGCGUCGAUCCGUGGUUGCGGUCUCGAUAACGGCGAUGACGAGGACCAGGGCGAUGGCUCCAAACAGAUAAUUCAGGACCUGCUGAUUCAAGGUGCUAAGGUGAACUCGACGGCAGACAAGACGGGAGAGUCCCCCUUACAUUUGGCUGCCCGUUAUGCACGGGCCGAUGUUGCGAAAUGGCUGCUGGAAGCUGGCGGCGAUCCCAACUCUCCCGAUGCCAGUGGGCGCACACCCUUGCACAGUGCCAUCGCUGCAGACGCGCAAGGCGUUUUCAUGGUACAGUAUUUAUUGUUCUUGCUGCAUGACGUAAUUUUGUUACUGCAGAAGUUAUACUGCAGUGCAGCGACAGAAAUCUUGUUGAGGAACAGAGCGACGAAUUUGAAUGCCAAAACGAGCGAAGGAACGACGCCUCUGAUCCUCGCAACGAGACUCGCCGUGGAGGGCAUGGUGGAAGAAUUGAUCCGCGCCCAGGUCGACGUGAACUUGACUGACGAAAACGGGAAAUCUGCGCUGCAUUGGGCCGCUGCGGUAAACAAUGUGGACGCCGUGACGAUUCUCUUGUCGCACGGGGCCAACAAGGACGCGACGGACCACAAGGACGAGACCCCCUUGUUCCUGGCGUCCCGGGAGGGCAGCUACGAGGCGUGUCGCGUGCUUCUGGACCACGGUGCGAAUCGGGAUCUCGGUGACCACAUGGACCGACUGCCGCGCGACGUGGCCCAGGAGCGGAUGCAUCGGGACAUCGUGCGACUGCUUGAUGAGCACGUGCCCAGGGCCAACCCGACGCCCAUUAUGUCGCAGCUGCUGCCGCCGCAGAACCAGGCGCUCGCCGGGUCGUCCAAUACGUUGCCGCCGGCGCGUCCACCGAAGCCGAAGAAGCGCGUCAAGUCUGGCUCGAGUCAUCAUCCCAAUGGAAGCCACAGCAUGAAGAACAGUCCUCAGAACCCGAUGAACACGAGUGGGGACCAGUCGGCCUCGGCCCCCAAUUCUGGCAACUCGAAGAAGUCGGGUGGCGGCGGCGGGAAGAAGGCGGCGAGUCGGAAGCCGCGUGACGGUGGCACCAGCGCCCACGACGUGUCCAACAACAACAGCAACGGCAGCACAAACACGAUGCAGUCGUUGCUGGAUUCCUCGCCGUGCAACUCGCUCGAGGGCUCGCCGCACAACCAGGAGUCGCACACCUUACGAUUCUCUUUUCCGAUAUUUCAAUGCAAAUAUUUGUGUUUUGGUCGAGUUGUAUUAGCUUUGGCUAUUUCAGUUGUGUUGGCGAUUCAGGCGACAUUCCAGAAAGUUGAGUCGAGUAAAUUUGAAAGAAAUUAA